GGUGUGGUGCCAGCUGCUCGCUCUCCUGCCCUCAUCUCUUUGCUUCGUGCCACAGUAGUUGUCCCUCUGUUCUCGCCACAGUUCCAUCUGUGUGGCUCUGCCGAUACUGUCCCGGUACGCCAGGGCUUGCCUUCCUCCAGCUCCUUCCUAUCGAGCCUGGGAAGAAAAAACACAGAGGACAGCAAUAUUCUGUGCUGCCAGUGGCACCUUUUGCAGCCUCUAUGUUUAGCAGCGGUCUUGCUUUAAUUUUUCCUUGCAAAUGUCCAACAAUUUGAGAGAGAAUAUUUAUCAAGUGGAAAUUCAUUAUUACUUUUGGGUGGUUUGGUGAAGCCCCCAAACUCCCCAACAGGCACUGAACUUAAAGCGCAAGGCAAACGGAACAGGCUGGGAGGGAAAAGGGGAGGAGGAAGCUUAAUUUCUUCAUGCAGAAACUGGAUGGAACAAUCCUGAGAAGGAAGGAACAGCCACACUCUUUCCGUGACAUUCUGGAGAAGGUCAUGUUCCAUUUCAGCCUGAGAUGCACAACUGACUCACUCUCCUGGUGUUUCUGAAGAAAAGAAAUCAGUGAUCUGUCCUAACUGUUUCUGUUCUUAGGGAAGGACACAUUCUGUGUGGUGCUCUUUUAGCCACUUACCUGCUUUGAGUUUCUACAGUGACCAGCAGCGAAGGGAAAAUAUUAGAUCAUGUCAGAGUUCUGGCUAAUUUCUGCCCCAGGAGACAAAACAAAUCUGCAGGCAUGGGAGAGAAUGAACACUGUGACAUCUAAAUCCAACCUGUCCAGCAACAGUAAAUUCCAUAUUCCAGACUUAAAGGUGGGGACACUGGAUGCUCUUGUUGGUCUGUCAGAUGAGUUGGGAAAACUUGAUACCUUUGCUGAAAGUGUAAUAAAGAAAAUAGCCCAGUACAUAGGAGAAGUUAUGGAGGACUCAAAAGACAAAGUCCAGGAAAAUCUUCUGGCCAAUGGAGUUGACCUCAUUAGCUACCUGACACGGUUUGAGUGGGACAUGGCCAAAUACCCUAUAAAGCAGCCGCUGAAGAAUAUAUCAGAAGCAUUAUCAAAGCAAGUGACUCAAAUAGAAGCAGACCUGAAGACCCGAUCAGCUGCGUACAACAACAUUAAAGGAAAUUUGCAAAGCCUGGAGAAGAAAACGAUGGGAAAUCUGCUGACCCGGACCCUGGCAGACAUUGUGCACAAAGAAGACUUUGUUCUCAAUUCCGAGUAUCUUAUCACGCUGCUCGUCGUGGUGCCAAAGUCAAGCUACGUACAGUGGCAGAAGACCUAUGAAUCACUCUCAGAUAUGGUAGUACCUCGCUCCACCAAAAUGAUUGCUGAGGAUGCAGAGGGAGGACUCUUCACUGUGACCCUAUUUAGAAAAGUGAUGGAUGACUUUAAGGCUAAAGCCAGGGAGAACAGGUUCAUGGUUCGAGAAUUUUAUUAUGAUGAGAAGGAACUGAAAUGUGAAAAGGAAGAGCUGAUGAAAUUAGCUUCUGACAAGAAGCAACAAUAUGGCCCCUUACUGCGCUGGCUGAAGGUGAACUUCAGUGAAGCAUUUGUGGCUUGGAUUCAUGUGAAAGCCUUGAGAGUUUUUGUUGAAUCUGUCCUGAGGUAUGGCCUCCCUGUGAAUUUCCAAGCAAUGCUGCUGCAGCCAAACAGGAAGUCUGUGAAGCGCCUGAGAGACGUCCUGAACGUGGUCUUCAAACACCUGGAUGAAGUUGCAGCAGCAAGUAUAAUGGAUCCUGGCAUGGACAUCCCUGGGUUACAACUGAGCAAUCAAGAAUACUAUCCUUAUGUCUAUUUCAAGAUUGACCUCAGUCUUCUUGACUGCAGUUAAAGAAGAAUUGCUCAAGCUUCAUCUAUUAAGUUUCAAGACUGUCAUGUUACUGUAAAACAAUCUUUAGCUGCUGAAAGUCAAAUUAAAAUGCAAAUACUGCAGCAGGAUGAGCUUCCUACCACUUCUAGUAAUUUUUAGUGACUACAGUAAAAGUUAUCUCUUAUUCAUAGUUUUACAAAAACAUAUUUCAGAGGCAGAGGUACUAUGGUAGUAUUUAUUUUUUUGGUAAAUUACAAAGAUGAAAUAUCUACUGGACUUGAAAUAAAACAAAUUAAAAAGUAUGGUGGCUAAUGGAUCUACUAGGUGUAUACAGUCCUUUUUCUAACAAAGCAAACUUAAAAAAAUCCAAACAGAAAAAGUAGAAAGCAUCAGAGCAAAGCCCAAAGUUCCUUUAAUUUAACAAAAAACCCCAAAAGCCUAAGAGGAAAGUGCUGAGGAACUUAUCAUAAUAUGACUUACAGUCCCAAGUACUCAUGAGUUUAGUUUUUGCAAAGAUAUUUCAGUUAGAACAGUUCCAUUACAGCUCCUCUGCUGGGAUGAUUUAAGAGUUGGAGCACAUGUCCUGCACAGCAUCAGCAGUUACUGCUGCCUGCCCAUGGUUCUGAUACUGCCUUUCACGAGGAUGAACUACGGGCAAUCUCUUACAGACACCAGAUGACAAAUAUCCUCAUUAUGUUAUUUCCUUGAAAGAAGGGGAAUCUUUCAGCUCUUUCAUUCAUAUUUAUAAACAAGCUGAUCACAUCAGAGUCACUUCACUAGACACCAAUAUACAAGACAUGGAGAGCAAUAAAAUAAUGGUAUUUUUAUUAAAAAAGCAGCAGUAAACAUCCCUAUUCACAGUCCUGAUUCCCCUUCCAAAGGAAAUAGCAAUUUCAGAUCAAAACAAUGCCAGAUGGGAAGUGAAGAAAUAUUACUUUAUUUGCUGGAGACAGCACCAGGGUGGUUGUCUGUUAGCACCUGGAAAUCCUUAUGCCCUAAAACACAGAUUAGCUUCAUUACUAAUCCAGGGGAAAGACUGACAGCUCCCAGCAUCUCUCAUUGCAGCAGCAGCAACCCACUUCCAUUGUUAUAAUGACCUUAUGAAGCCUGGCACAAAGAAAGAGAAAGCCCCUGAGAAGGAACAGGAAAAGGAAGACUGAAGAGCAUUUAAACUAAGAUUGUCCAUCUUAUCAAGCUUUUUAGCCAAAUUGUCAAGAUCUCACUGCAAGGAGGUGGUUUAGGACUCCCCUCUGCACAAACCUCUAUUCUAAAGUUCACUUUGAAGAGUCAUCCAAAAUAGGACUGCUUGUACUAUGUGCACCUUUCUUACUCUAUACAAGACUAACACUGUGUGUCAAAAAAUAUUUUAUUCUUUAAUUGAAACAGAAGCUGAGCAGGUUCCACCUCCAUGAAAAAAAAUUAGUUAAAAUUGGUUACACUAACAGCCUCCAGUAACACUCAAACAGCACAUUAUCAACAAAAUAAAACCCAAGAUGUUCCAAAGAAAUAUCCAUGUUGUCCUCAAAAUAUUUGUUGCACAAUACAAUCAAGUUUACUGGUUAUGACAAUUCAUAGAAUUUCUGCAAUGUUUUCUUGAGAUGCGUACAGUCCACUGCUGCAGUGCAUCCAAUAGCACAGUGUGUCAUGUGCUACUUCUCCAGAAAAAGGCCACUGAAAUAUCUGUCUGAUUGUGAUCCAGGCUGCAAACUGCUGCACAGGCUCUCCCAAGAAAAGUUGUUUCCUGAAGAUCUCACAGCUCAUCUUUACCCAAGUCAUCCAGAUCCACAUCACUGAGAUCAAUGUCAUCUUCAACUGGAAGCUGUUAAAAAGGGGAAGGUUUUGAGUACAUUUUGAGAAGUGCUUAAUGCCAGGAGAUCCCUGAGUUGGAAAGAUUCUUACAUCAUCCUGAGAGUAAAGCUGUCUCCUGUCACCUCUUUCAUUCACAAAACUCCAAGUGCACUAAGCACAGGACAAGUGAUCAGAGUUUAGACUAGGAGGUUAGUUUUUCACUAAUCAAAAUACUCCAGAUGAAGGCUAUACAAAUAAACAAUGUAACAAAA